AUGGCUACUCUAAUCUCAGAGUCCAACUUCAGACCUUCGAUUUCUCCCAUGAUCGACCAACAAUUCGAUCUCGACGAGGUUCUCGCUUUGGCCGAUGAGUAUUCCACCCCAUACGACGAUGAUCAUCAUGAGAUCACAACAGUCUCGGAAGCGCCACAGAACCCUUUGGUCGUCGACUGCAUGCCCAUAUCAACGGUGAACGUUGAUUCUAAUUGUGCGGUUUGCAUGGAGAACUUCUACUCCGGCGAGACCGGUGAACGAAUCACGUGCGGACACGUGUACCACGCGAGUUGCAUCACCGCCUGGCUCUCCAUCUGCAACUCUUGCCCCCUCUGCCGGAGCCGCAUCUCCGGCGCCGUUCAAUUUUUGUGCGCCGGAGAAUAA